CAUCGCUCCUCUCCGCCCGCGGGCGGCCCCGCUCCCGCCCCUGUCGCGGCAGCUUCUCGGGCCCCGGGGGCGGCGGCAGCGGCGGGGCCGAUGGUGGCGGCGGCGCGGCGCCAGCGGCGCUGGGGGCUGCCGGCGCUGCUGGUGGCCUAUGUGGGCUACGUGGGGCUGGGGGCUGGCGUACUGCAGGCGCUGGAGCGGCCGGCCGAGGUGCGGGCGGCCCAGCACCUCCUCCAAGAGCACUGGGAGCUGCUCGCCAACCACACCUGCCUGCGGGGGCCCGCCCUGCAGCGACUCGUCCAGGGUAUCGUCCAAGCCUACAAGAGUGGCAUAACCCUCCAGGGAAACACCACAAGCCUGGGCAGGUGGGACUUCAGUGGGUCUUUCUUCUUCUCCAUCUCUGCAAUAACAACUAUUGGCUAUGGGAACCUGAGCCCCAGCACUGUGGCUGGCCGAAUCUUCUGCAUCGUGUUUGCGCUCUUUGGGAUCCCCUUGAACCUUGUACUCCUGAAUGAAAUCGGGCAGCUGAUGCUGCUGGGGGUUCAGCGUUGUGCCCGUCACCUAGAGGAGGUGUUUCACUGGCAGAAAAAAGCUUCCCUCCUGAUUAAGACCUGUGCACUGGUAACUGGUUUGUUGUUGUUCCUCCUGCUACCUCCCUUGUUGUUCUCUGACAAAGAAGGCUGGUCUUACGAAGAAGGCUUCUACUAUUCCUUCAUCACCCUCAGCACGAUAGGGUUUGGAGAUUAUGUGAUUGGGAUGAACCCAGACCGCACCUAUCCAGGCUGGUACAAGAAUGUAAUCUCUCUGUGGAUCCUCUUUGGGAUGGCCUGGCUAGCACUCGUUAUCAAGUUUUGCAUCAACUUUCUAGAGAGCUCCAGCGACUUCUGUCAGUGCAACAAGAAGAGCACAGAGGUGGCAGAAGACUUAAUGGAUGGCAACAAAAAUAGUACAACGGGACUUCAUGAUGUGGAGAUCUGCAAUGACAAAGACACAAAAACAAAAGAACCAAAUGAAUCUCACACCUACACAGCUCCUGCAGAAGCACUCUAGGGAAGAAACAUACCCUUGGUGCCCCUUAGGUUUAAGUGCACCAGAGACACACCACUCAGAAACACGGCAACGGAGCUGCCCUGACAUUCAUAUGGGGUGAAAGCUUGCUUCUUGAGCUUGAAAUGUUUCUAUUCUGAAUUGAGCAAUGACAACAAAAUGUUUCAUUUGCAGCAGCACCAAGAAUUCCCAAUGGGAUUUUUAGACAAAAUUAGAUUUACAGAGGUAUUACCUACCAUCUCACCUCAAUAUAUGAGGUAAACUUUGGCAUCUGUACACAACACUAGCUGUUGUCCUUUUCUUUGCAUGUAAAGUUCUUGUAGCCUCUAAUUGUACAUGUGGCAUUUUGCAAAUACCACAAUUAGAAAAACAAGUGCCAUUUACUGCAGGAAAUACAUUGCAUGUUGCUAAAAGACUUAAUGAAACGCACUAUUUAAAGCCACCUGGCAGUCACUGCAAAUGUGCUCCACCACCUAUAUGCUUGUGGUCGCCAAAAGUGUAACAUGGUUUUUCUCUCUUGAUCGUUAGUACAUGGAUGGCGACGAGGCAGAGCCUGCAGAGGUGCCUAAUAGAAACAGUUCAUUCUUUUUUUUUUUUAAAUAGAAAUUUCUAUGUCAGACGUCCACUAAUAUUAAAAAGAAACUAGGUAGCUAGGCUAUUCCUUACUCCAGAAUUUAUGUACGGAUCAUCCUUUGUAAAGUAUUAUGUAGACGAAAUGUCAUCAGCUGAAUGUGAUGGUUCAUUUAGAUAGGUUUUUAUUUUGCCACGUCUUGGAAGCAAGGAAAGGAGAACUAGAGGCAGUUUUAAGUGCUUGUAGUUCCAACGUUAUCCCGUGGCCAAUGUUAACAAGGGCUACUUUAACCUAGAAACAGACUGAAGUAUCUUCAACUAUGAUCGAGGGGUGCUAUUCUGAUGAGUUUCUCAUGUCAUAAAUGGUGUAUCUGUUCUAGCUAACAUCUUUUAUAUAAGCACUACUAUCUUUUGAUCUGUGGAAUGCCUGACUUCCUUAUUUGGCCUCUGUGUCAGUCACGAAAGAGAGCUGUUUGGGGUUUUUUGUUAAUUCCAUUAAAUUCUCAGAAAUCUUUUGAUAAGUUAUGCCAUUUAUAAAGGCCCAACAGAGUCUGACUCCUGCUGCCAUUUAUAUACCCGUGUCUGAUCAUCUUAUUUUCUUAUUCCUGAUGUACUACUUGCAUCCUAGAGCAUUAAUUUUAGAAACUUGACCGUAGCAGUAAACCAGAACGAAGCAUUUGGGUGAGCCUUCAGCUUCUGCAUUGGACCAAGAUUCCACAUGGACAGUGGAGAAAAGACUGAAAACGCAAUCUGUUGGAGUACGGGAUUCAGGAGUUAGAAAUAUCCAUAGCUGGAUUCACAGAAAUGCAGUGAGUGAAAAGUUUACAGUCUUCAUGAACACAAGUUCUGGAACUUUUGCUGACUCUGUGGUAAUAAAUGUUCUCUCAAAUACUGUUUCAAUGGGCAGCAGAGAUAAGAAAUUGAGGUAGUGGAAAUCUCAGUUCAUAGUUGGGAAACUGAUGCCAAAUAAAUACAUUUCCAUUUUUUUGAACAUUGGGUAAUUUCUUUAACAGCCUUUAGCAUAAACUUGUCUGUUUCUUCUAUGUUUUGUCUAGUUUAUACACAAUGUAGGCUUUACUAAUGUUCAUAAUGGGCUGUCCUACAAUAAGACCAAAGUGUAUUUCUUUAAACCUAAGUAAAUCAUGAUGCUACAGUAUAAAAUGUGAUACCCCUUUAUGCAUAACCUCUUCACCUUCUUUCAGGUGCAAAACUUAGUAAAUAUAAUUGUAUCAUAAAAUCUUGAUGCCUAGAAGGUAGUAGGGAAUUUCUACUGUCAGAGCAUGGGAAUGACUAUGCUAAAUUUAUUUCAACUUCAACUUGAAAUGUCACAGGCUCUGGGGUUUUCUACCAGCUCUGCUCUUGGAUGAGAAGGCUUGGUUGAGAAGAGUUUCCUCUUCUUAAUUUCAAUGUCUAUUUUAUUAAUCACAUCUAAUUCAUAUCCCCAUGUAUUUAUAGUUUGUGGAUGAAGCUUUCAAAAGUGCCUAAGAGGUUUGGGCACCCUGGUGUCACUUAAGUGCAGGCAGAGUCGCAUGCCUUAGGACGGCUAAUAUACACUUCUGAGAGCUAAAAGGAAGAGGAACUCUAGGAGUAGUCCUGAAAAAAGGAAAAAACAGUAAUUUUUCAUAGAUCUCAGUGCUUCUACUGUGUGUCGGGGUUCAGCCACAAAGCUAAGCACAUGGAUGUGUCUCAAGGUGACUCAGUAUCUGCCCCAUCAGUCCUUGCUGAUUCACUUCCUCCAGCAGCUCAGCACCAGCAUAGUCCUGCCACUAAACGUCCGAUACAGCAAACUUACAGGAGGCACAUCUGAACGGAUUGCAAGCCACAUGUAACUUCAGAGCUGCAAGGUGCCUGCUUGCGUCCUGGAUCACCUAAAAAAAAAAUAUGAAAUAAGUGAGUCAAAUGUCAUCUCUGUCUGGCUUCUCUGACCCCAAAUUAGCAUGUUGUCACUUGUUACUAUCUUUUUAUUGACAGUUCCUCAGCUAGCUUUUGAUAGAGACAAUAGAUAUUAUUGUCUCUGAGUGCCCACAAACUGCUGUGCCUCUAGUUUUUCUGUUCUUUAUAAAGCUGGAAAUUUGCUCCCAGAGGGAUGAGAAGAAAGUGGAGUUUUGCAACAUCACACAGAUAUCAUCACCAAUGUGUCUACUCUACCAAAAUAUGAAAGGUUAUCUGCUCAAGGGUAAAACAAAGAAAACAAAAGCAUCAUGCUGUUAUCAGUCUUGUCACUGC